UUGUGGCGCGCUUUCCGAAAUUUCCCCUCAGUUUGGCUUCAGAGCUCAACGGAGCCUUUUCUGGGCCGCUAAAGGAAGAUAUUCUGUCUUCGGUUCUCGGGCUCCUGCCGUCUCCCAGAGGCGAAAAAGGAGCGAGGCCGACUCCUUCCCGGAGAAAGCUUUGCUCUCCAGGAUUGUAGCCCCGGUGCUCUGAGGCAAGGCUUGAGUGCGCGGAUCCUGAGAGGGUUCGUGGCGGAGGAAGGAAAACGACCGUAGUUUACGUGCAAUGCAAAGGGCUUCACGGCUGAAGAGAGAGCUGCAGUUACUGGCCACAGAGCCACCCCCAGGAAUCACCUGCUGGCAGAAUGGAAAUCACAUAAAUGAUCUUCGAGCACAAAUACUAGGAUGUACAAAUACCCCAUAUGAAAAAGGAGUUUUUGCCUUGGAAGUAAUUGUCCCUGAAAGGUAUCCAUUUGAACCUCCAAAAAUGCGCUUUCUUACUCCCAUUUACCAUCCCAACAUUGAUUCAGCUGGAAGAAUUUGCCUGGAUGUUCUUAGAUUACCACCCAAGGGUGCUUGGAGGCCAUCCUUGAACAUUGCUACUUUGUUAACUUCCAUCCAGAUCCUCAUGAAUGAACCUAAUCCUGAUGACCCUCUCAUGGCUGAUAUAUCUUCAGAAUAUAAAUACAACAAGCAAGCAUUUCUCAAAAAUGCCAGACAAUGGACAGAAAAAUAUGCAAGCCAGACAACAAUGCCUUUAGAAAUCACCAAUGAAGAGAAUCACAAAAGCCAGGCUGAGCUCCCAAAAGAUUCCAGUAUUUUCCAGAAGAGGAAAGGAAGCAAUAUCAGUGGAUUGUCCAAAAAAUGUCGCUUAGAAACAUAAUGAUUUCCUGCUAUAGUAUUUCAGUGGCUGUCACUGUUCGUUCUUAGUCUAAUUUUCCAUCCUUUAAAUAGGCUUAAUGCAAUUGAUGUACUGUUUAUUCAUUAUGUAAUUGUAGUCUUACUAUAUCAGUGACAUGAUGUUCAGUAUGGCAUAUGUCUGGUUUUUUUUAAUCUUCUUACAUUAUUUCUGUAACAUACUUUAAAUCUUUCCAUAAAGAGUAUGUUCCACUGCACUUUACGUAUAUUUAGAAUGAAACCAAGAAUACAUAAUAAUUUGAAUUUGUUAUGACUGAUGUUAUGAAUGGAUUGUAAACAGUUUCUUUUGAUAGUUAAAAGGCUGUGUGGUUUCUUCA